AAACCCUAGUGUCAGUCGCGGCGAAACUUCAUUGUUUGCGAAAGAGAGAAAUUGUUUGCGAAAGAGAGAAAUUUUCAUCGGCAAUGGCUAACCCUAAGGUCUUCUUCGACAUGUCCGUCGGCGGUGCUCCCGCUGGUCGAAUAGUGAUGGAGCUUUACGCCGAUGUCACCCCUCGUACUGCGGAGAACUUCCGUGCUCUUUGCACCGGAGAGAAAGGAGCUGGCCGGAGCGGCAAGCCCCUGCACUUCAAGGGCUCUUCCUUCCACCGUGUGAUCCCAGGGUUCAUGUGUCAGGGAGGAGAUUUCACCGCCGGAAAUGGUACCGGAGGCGAGUCGAUCUACGGUAACAAGUUCGCCGACGAGAACUUCGUGAAGAAGCAUACUGGUCCUGGUAUUCUGUCCAUGGCUAACGCGGGGCCGAACACCAACGGAUCUCAGUUCUUUAUUUGCACUGCGAAGACCGAGUGGCUCGAUGGGAAGCACGUGGUGUUCGGACAGGUUGUUGAAGGGCUGGACGUUGUGAAGGCGGUCGAGAAGGUCGGUUCUUCGAAUGGGAGGACAUCCAAGCCAGUUGUGAUCGCUGAUUGCGGUCAGCUCUCUUGAAAAAAGUCUGAUCUUCGUGAUCCGACCAUGUGUGGGAUCUUAGUUUGGGUUAGGGUUUACUAUUUUUCUGGUCUUUGCUUUGGGUUUCGGCUUAGGGUUUGUGAUGUCGAUUUGGUGGGGAGGCAUGAGGGGACUUGUUAUAUGUAGAUGGUGGAUGAUCUUACUCUAGAAUAAAGUUUAGUGUAUCGAUUAUUAAUAAUCUUCUCUUCUCUCCA